GUCAGUGAUUCGAAUCAAAUUCAAUAACUUGGUGUUUGCAGCUUUCCCAUCAUCUGAAACAAGAUGCAUAAGCAAUUUGGACUUAUUCUGGUGGUCGUUUCUUGCUCGUUUGCUGCGCCACAGCAGCGAAGAAAUGGAAUCUCCCCCAGUGGAGUGGGGCCGGAAAGUGCCGCUACCAUCGUAAGACAAGACCAGCUUCUGAACCCGGACGGCUCGUACAGUUUUGCUUUCGAAACGAGCAAUGGAAUUCAGGCAUCGGAAAGCAGUCCUGAUGGAGCAGCAGCCACUGGCGAAUUUUCUUACACUGCUCCGGAAGGAGACAAAAUCCGACUGGCCUAUGUUGCAGAUCAAGGCGGAUUUCAACCAGAGGGAGCUCAUCUUCCCGUGGAACCACCGGCGCCAGACCACGUCAUCAAGAGCCUGGAAGACAUCCGUGCCAAUCCCCCCAAGGAUCCGGACUUUAACGCUGCAUUCCUCGACUCGGUCAUUGCCAGGUUGAAGGCACUUCAAGGUUAGGAAUUUUCCAUGAAACGAAUAACCCC